CGCUUCUGCUAAGCACUCUCCUGGGGUCGCGGGCUUGAGCCAUCGUUUUUACUCCAUUAGACCUACUAAGCUCUCAACUCGCCCCAAAAUACGUCAGUCAUCAAUUCAAAGUAACCGCCACUCCGCCACCCUUAAGCUGCUGAGCUGCGCUGUCUUUGCGCCCACCAAAGCACAAAACGUUGAACAGACGAAGGGGGGCUGCAAUCUUGGAAUCUGAAGAUCUGCUCUUCGUUACGACUCGUCUUGUAUGCUUGAGCCUGGCUUUUGCUCUGCUCAAUCUUAAAAAAUUUUAGCAGUCAGAGGGGCUGCCGGCCUCUGGAAUUUUUUUCCCUUGUUUCCCGCGAGCGAGCUCUACAGCAGCUUAAUUUCGGGCCAUGGGGCUUUCAUCCGUGCUAGCUCUCCCCCGGAGGAGUAGAGCGUCUACAGCUGGCAGCAAUCGAUCCUCAACCGACGAAGGCAAGAUUGACCACAACGAUGACGAUACCCAGGUGAUGGAGCCCGAUCAGGGCAAUGUUCUCUCGCACAUCAUCUCUCAGCUGCGUCCUGGCGCGGACCUGAGUCGCGUAGUCUUGCCCACCUUUAUUCUCGAGCCCCGAAGCAUGCUCGAGAGGAUAACAAACUUCAUGUGCCACCCCGAGAUGCUGCUGCACAUUCCCACCAUCGAUGAUCCCACCGAACGCUUUGUAUCCGUCGUCAAAUUCUACCUGAGCGGCUGGCAUAUUCGCCCACCGGGAGUCAAGAAACCGCUGAAUCCGAUCCUGGGCGAGAUCUUCUCCUGUUACUGGGAUCUCGAGGGCCACAAGCGCGCCUACUACGUCUCCGAACAGACCUCACAUCACCCUCCCAAGUCCAGUUACUUUUACAUGGCCCCUGAUCACCACAUCCGAAUCGACGGCACCCUCAAGCCCCGGAGUAGAUUCCUGGGCAAUUCCGCUGCCAGUUUGAUGGAGGGCAUUGCUUUCCUUACGUUGUUAAACAGGGGCAGCAACAAGGCCAAGGGAGAGCAAUACAUAUUAACACAGCCCAACAUGUAUGCGAGAGGAAUCUUAUUCGGCAAGAUGAAGUAUGAACUUGGCGACCACAGCUUUGUCCGGUGUCCCGAACUUGAUUUGACCGCCGACAUUGAUUUCAAGACAAAGGGCUGGGUUGGAGGCACUUACAACGCUAUUGGCGGUGUAAUCAAAAGGGAGAGCACUGGUGAAAUCUUGUUUGAGCUUUCGGGUCUGUGGAACGAAGAAAUGUUUAUCAAAGAUAUGAGGACGGGUCACCGAGACAUGUUCUUUGACGCCAUCAAAGCAAAGCCCAGCCCGCCGCUAGCCCGGCCAAUCGAGGAGCAGGAAGAGCGUGAAUCUCAAAGACUAUGGGAAAAGACCGCCAAGGCCGUCAAAGAGCGCAACCACGAGCUGGCCACGGACGAAAAGACAAAGAUUGAAGACCGACAACGCGAGGAGGCUGCUAUCAGGGCCCAGGAUAAUGUCGAAUGGAUUCCGCGCCUCUUCCGUGCAGUUAGGAGCGGACCAGGAGAAUCGGAGGAAGGCGAAGAGAACUUGGAGUGGAUCAUCAAUGCUCAUAUUGAUGCCGCAGCGUCUCCAGAGAAGCAGACGGAACAGAUUCUCGCCAUAUACCCCAUCGUAGCUGGCCAGACAUUACACAGCACGACGUCCAUUCCGCCACCGGCUCCCUCGCCAAAGGUGGCCAAGAAGUCGAUAGACCAUGUGGUUGCAAAGCCCAAGGAAGAGGACAGCCUAAUUGAUUUUGGGAAUGAAGAUGCUCCCGUACCAGCUGCAAAGUCACCAGACGAAAUCGAGCGCAUGCUCACGGCGACUGGCAAGCCCGCAGAAGGCCCCCUGAUUGACUUUGCUCAGGACAUGAAGAAGGAUUUGCCAGCUGAUGGCGACCUGCUGUAGGACUUAUACCAAAAAAAAAAAAAAAAAAAAAAAAGGGGUUCGAAGAUCUUGUGAGGAAUGAAAAUCUUUGGAGUAAUCAUUGGCUAGGCGGGUAGGAAAUACCUUGACAGAAUAACGGCGCAAACAACAUCGGGCAAGGCUACGAUAUAAAUGGGCGCGCACCGUGAUGCAUUUGUGCUUAAUUUUCAGUGUUGGCAGGGAGCAGGUCUUUUGGUUUUAACACGGGCAUGCGACGGGACUACCGGUAGCAUUGGGAGGGCUAGCAAAUAUAUCAACUAUAUC